AAUGAGUACUUCGGCACCAUCUCCAUCGGUACCCCAGGCCAGGAGUUCACCGUUAUCUUUGACACUGGCUCCCCCAACAAAUGGGUGCCCUCGGUGUACUGCUCCAGCCCAGCCUGCCGCAACCACAACCGCUUCAACCCAGCAGACUCCUCCACCUUUGUCAGCACCAACGACAGCCUCUACAUUGCCUACGGCACUGGCAGCAUGACCGGCAUCCUGGGCUACGACACCGUCACCGUCGCAGGCAUCAAGGUCCUCAACCAGAUCUUUGGGCUGUCUGAGACCGAGCCCGGCAACUUCUUCGACUACACCCCCUUCGAUGGCAUCCUGGGGCUGGCUUACCCCAGCAUUGCCUCCUCCGGAGCCACCCCUGUCUUUGACAACAUGAUGACGGAAGACCUCGUGGCCAAGGACCUCUUCUCCGUCUACCUGAGCAAGUAAGCCCUGGCCAUCGUGGACACGGGCACCUCGCUGCUGGCCAUGCCCGGCAAAGCCCUCAACGCCAUCCUGAGCACGCUCGGCGCCAGCUCCAACGGCGGG